AUGGACCGGGCCCUGCUCCGGCUGGAACAGCUGCCACGGCCGCCCGUGGGCAAGCCUCAUCAAUUUUCGCCGCGGCAAGUGCUGGGUCCUAGGGCCGAUAUUGCUGCGUGCUAUUUCGCAGCCGUGCGAGUUAUUAGGGCCAGAUAUCUGGGCGAGCUGGGCGAGGGAUGGGAGGUGUGGGCUGGAGUUUUGUGCAAUGGGCCGUGGAAUUGUAGAUUUCAGGAAAUUGUGUAUGACCGUGGAAUUGUGUAUUUCCAUAUAGUUUUGUAUGUCACUUAUAAUUAUAAUUUUGUAUGUGACUAUAUAAUUGUUUCUGACUAUAUGAUUGUAUCUGACUAUAUGAUUGUAUAUGACUACAUGAUUGUAUCUGACUAUAUAAUUGUAUCUGACUAUAUGAUUUUGUACGUGACUAUAUUUGAACAUGACCGUGGAGUUGAUGACCGUGUAUUUGUGCAUUGUCACAUAUUUGAAUUUGAUCACGACAUUGUGUAUGAUCGUGGAAUUGCACACGUCCGUAAAUUUGUGAAUGACUUUAUAAUUGUGUAUGACUGUGGAAUUGUAAAAUCCAUGAAUUUGCAUAUGACCCUUUUUGUUCUUCAGGUUAGGCCUAGUAGAGUGGAGCAAAUAUCAUUCUAUCUCGAACGGGUAGAUUUAUCUCGGCUGUAA